UCUUGUUACAAUGUACAAUUACUUCCACAGGCAGGAAAAGCAUUUAGGAAAUUCCUUCCCCUCUUUGAUCGGGUACUGGUUGAGCGAUGUGCAGCUGAGACAGUAACCAAAGGAGGAAUCAUGAUACCAGAAAAAUCCCAAGGGAAGGUACUACAAGCAACAGUAGUAGCAGUUGGAUCUGGAGCCAGAGGAAAGGAUUUCUACAACUGGCCUGAUGAAUCCUUUGAAGAAAUGGAUAGUACAUUAGCUGUCCAGCAGUAUAUUCAACAAAACAUAAGGGCAGAUUGUUCCAACAUUGAUAAGAUCCUUGAACCACCUGAAGGCCAGGAUGAAGGUGUAUGGAAGUAUGAACAUUUAAGACAAUUCUGCCUUGAGCUCAAUGGACUAGCUGUCAAGCUUCAGAGUGAAUGUCACCCUGACACAUGUACUCAGAUGACAGCAACUGAACAGUGGAUUUUUCUUUGUGCAGCUCAUAAAACUCCCAAAGAGUGUCCUGCUAUAGACUACACCAGGCACACACUUGAUGGAGCUGCAUGUCUUCUGAAUAGCAAUAAAUAUUUCCCCAGCAGGGUUAGCAUAAAGGAAUCCUCUGUAGCCAAAUUAGGAUCAGUGUGCCGAAGGAUUUACAGAAUAUUUUCACACGCUUAUUUUCAUCACCGGCAGAUAUUUGAUGAAUAUGAAAAUGAAACUUUCUUGUGUCACCGGUUCACUAAGUUUGUGAUGAAGUAUAACCUGAUGUCCAAGGAUAACCUGAUUGUACCAAUUUUGGAAGAAGAAGUGCAAAAUUCAGUGUCAGGGGAAAGUGAGGCAUAAUGGGAAGAGCAGUACAGAAUCCUGUACUGAAUAUAAACAAAACAUUAAUUAUGUACUGUAUAUAUCACUUUAGACACUUCAAUCACGUAUCCUCAUAGCUUUGUUUAGUAUACUUUUUGUAUGCUGUGUGCAUUGCCUUUUAAUAUGGGAAAUACUUCUAAGUUAUUCAUAAGCUGUAUAUUCAUCAAUGUGGCACUCAUGGUUUUUAAAUAAAACUAGUAGUAUCUGUUUAUAAUGCCUGUUAAUAAAAGAAUUUACAGUUCUCUAAAAAUGCUGCUAAACAAUCAUUGAAUCACAAUCCCGAGAUGUGUCUGACUGGGUGGGCAAAAAGUGAGAUUACAAUUUCACAGCAAGCCAUUUUGUAAUGCAGUAGCUAUAUUAAGUCUUAGUUCAAAAAUUAUUACCUUAAAUAUAUAAACCUGCAGGAAGCUUCUUGCAAUGUAGCUUAUUCCUAAUUUACCUUUUAUUUUUUUAAAAUGGCUUUUGAAGAUUUACUUCUGGAUGUGCAUAUUGCUGUAUGUGUAUAUCCAAAUACUAACAGGAUCUAUAGUAUUAACCAAAAGGAUAAUUUCACUAUGGUAUUGAACAUAUAUAUUCUU